AUGAAACUUCAAUCCCUUGUUUUUAUUCUCAUUGUUCUGUUGGCCUUAUCUAUCAUAAAUCAAGCUAUAACAUCAAGCGAUUGGGGCCCCGUCGACAUCAAUGAUCCCCACGUGGUAGAUAUUGCGAAGUUUGCUGUUACAGCGUACAACAAGCGAAAUACUGUAGGGAAGCUGGCGUUCGAGAAGGUCAUCAGCGGUGAAUCCCAAAAUGUGAUUAAUGGGACCAACUACCGCCUCACUCUUUCCGCACGCCAAAUUAUAACUGUUCAGAAGUAUAGAGCUAUUGUGUUGGAGAAGCCAUUGGUGCAUUUCAGAAACCUCGUUUCUUUUGAACUUAUUAAUGCUUAA